AUGCUAGUAGGUUCGCGAUUCAUCAUCGAUCGAAUCAGAUUUUGGACCAGUCGAAUGUUGGUUCUUGCUCCCGACUGCCUCAGGCUGUCUCACUUCGCCUCGCGGCAUUCGGUACCACCAAUCGCGGUUUCCUUAUCCUCCUCGCUAGCAUCGACAUCAUACAAUGUAGGCACUAGAAAAUCGUCAGGCUCCAAUCGCUGCAUGCAUUGGUCCAGGUUGCCGUUUUAUUUGGGAUUCGGCCUCGGCUCGUUCGAUCGGUUUAUCGACCUGCCCCCGAAUUAUCGAUUUUUGCAUCUUAGCCAGGAGCGGGGCCUCUAUUCUCUUAGCGGUCAGUCGCUUUGCCUGUCCCUCGACUGCUUGUUUGCCCGGCCGGGCCUCAAUUGCUCUCGCCCGACACUCCAGUCCUUCAUUCGCGGCUUCUCACCGACGGUGAGAGUUUCUUGGCAACCUUGCUGCUACGAUUUUUCCAUGUCACUUCGAAAAGAUCUCCAGUUGAAUAAACUGUCUGUGGGCGUCCGAGUCUCUUUAAUAACAAGUGCACAAUACCGCUAUCAAGGUACCCUAGCAGCUAUCAAUUCAAUCGAAGGAACACUUACUUUGCAGACCGUGCGCUUUUGGGGAUCAGAAAAUCGCUUGCCUUCAUGUGGAGAAAGAAAAGGACCAGCAAUCGGCUCUGUAUUUGAUAGUAUCACAUUUUGGGUGUCCAAUGUUAUCCAUCUUCAUAUUUACGAUGAAGGUACUGAUAGCAACGGCCUUGGGGACCAAGCUGUUGUCAAGGCAAAGGUGGCUUCAGCGGCUCCUACGACUCAGGCGAGUGGGGACUCAGUUGGUAGGCGUCAGCGAUCUCGUAAUAGGAAACAAAAGAACUUCUGGUCGAAAAAGGACCAGCCUCGAGCAGGCUCACCGUUGGAAGAGUCUAACCAGACUAAGGAACGCCAACGUAUGCCAACCGGACAAUCAAACACGACUGGUCGGAUCAGUCGGCCAGGUAGUAGCCGUUCUGUAGGGCGCACACUCGUGUCUUACCCUCGUCGGGGAGGCGGACGCUUCCCUGGGCCACCCACUUAUGUAGCUAUGCCGGCCACAUCUUUUAUCUCCCCCACCGGACUUCGCAGGCGCGGCAUCAGGGGUCCCCGUGGCUCUCAAGUCCCAGGAACUUCGGCUACAAAUCAAGGCCUACUCUCGUCCCAGCCCUCCCAAGCAGUAUCUGGCUUUUAUCGUUUUCAAGGUCCGCACAACGGUGGACCUCCAGUGAAUGGCGCUAAUUUUUCAACU